UUACAAAUUUCAGCAGCUAUGUAUUUGGUAUCACUACUUUGCUCCUCUCUAUUACUUUGUUUAUUCCCAAUUGUUGAUUCAUUAUCCCCGUGUCCACCUGGUUUCAGUUAUCAUGUCAACUCCGAAAAAUGUUUUAUGGUAGUAAAAUGGUUGGAUGAACCGAUGAAUCAAACGAAUGCACGUUUGACGUGCGCAAAAGAGAAUGCCUUUUUUAGCAUCCAUUGAAUCUGAUGAUGAAAAUAAUUUUAUCAAAGAUUUGUUAGUGGACAAGAAUGCCGAAAUCGCAUACAUCGGUUUACAAUCUGUACCAUAUAACGUUGCACACCGGUACUUUUCUGAUGGUACAACAUUGGGUUAUACGAACUGGGCACCUGGAAAACCAGAUAAUGAUAAUUUGAUGGAUGAUGGAUGUGUCGUGAUAGAUGCUGCUGAAGGACAAUGGGAUGAUUGGACAUGUAGUGCUAACAUGGUAACAGGACCUUGGGCAACUGUUUGCCAAACAAGAUAUCUCGAAAAAGAAGAUCAGAAAGAAGAAGCAAAUUGUCCUACGGGAUUUGCAUAUGAUUCAAUUUCGACAAAAUGUUAUAAGGUAAUAAUAAAAGCCGAAGGAAUUACUGCAUGGAACGCGAAAAUUGAAUGCGCAAAUUAUAAUUCCCAACUUGUAGCCAUCAACUCAAAAGAAGAGAAUCAAUUUAUUUCCAAUUUGGCAAUGAAGCAUCCACUUUCGGCAAUGCGUGUAUUCAUUGGAUUGGAAUCUGAUAGGACAAAUCUAGACGCCAGGAACCGAUAUUGGAUUGAUGAUACAUGGGUUGAACAAAGGUACGUGAAUUGGGAGUAUGAUAAACCGGAUAACGUCCCCUACUAUUUAAACGACUGCGUGGUGAUGAUUCCGGAACGAAAUGGUGUUUGGGAUGAUUGGGCGUGUAACUUACCACGUUACCUUGAGCAUGCCGUUUACGGAGCUGUCUGUGAAUUUCGUAAUGAAUAAAUGUAUAAUCGAGUAAAUUGUUGAUCGAACCAUUUAUGAAAAUGCUAUUUUUACGAUCCAAUUUGAAUCAAUUAAAAUCUUUGAAAGCCUUGAAAAAUGCAAAUUUCGAAGUUUAUUCUGUUGUUGAAAUAAAUUGUCAGGA